AUGACUGCCAACAACGAAGGCAAAUCCGAGGCUCCCGCCAAGCAAGGAUUCGAUCCCAGAAAAUGGGUGGACUCAGGUGCCCCGCCAGGCAGAGGAACAAUUCCUUUCGCUAUCGUCCAAAAUUUCAGUAAGCCAAAGAUCAAGCCAGUUCCGGGAGUUCCUCCUCAUCUUUGGCACCGUCACCAAGGUCGACACGUUAUCAUCAAAGACCCUACCGGGAAAGUUCUGGACCUCAGCAAAACAAAAACUCCCUCUACACCAGGACAGAGCGUACAGCAGCAGCCAAGGGGGCCGUCUGACGUUCCCUCAAGCCCAGGCGGACCCAAGGAAUCUGUAUGGGAAAAGACUCCUCAGGCGGACAGUUCCAGAAUGUCCACAAGAGAAAGUGCUUCCCAAACAGGAUGGGGCGCACGAGCUACCGAAACCGGUCAGUCGGCUGGCGCCGGAAGCCAGAACUCGAAUACCUGUCCACACACUCUGAAGGGCGAUCAAGCCGUCGUUCAUCAUGGUAACGCGACGGCAAACCCUUGGGCCGCAAAGAAGAAACCAUGGCAAGUAGAGAAGAAACUCUGGACAGCCGAGAAGAAACCGCGGGCAACAGGGAAAAGAGGGAGCGGGGCUGAGCCACCUUGGUGGACAGGAUUACCUUCAAAAGAUCAUCGACCCCCGCCGGCUCCUGCUGAUUACAUGGAGCAUGAACUUCCUGCCCGUCGGUUUGACUAUUCAGGCUCGCAACGGAGCCCUCUCUCAGUCUCUGACUUUCAUCUUAGUGAUGACCCUGAAGAAGUCAAGGAAGCCAGUUCCAAGAUGUCCCAUGACAUUCGCAACGAGAUUGGCGUCGAAGUCCCCAUGCACCGCUUUAACGAUGAAAUGGGGCGUCCCAAAAUACGGUUCGGACACUUUUACGAACGCGUGAACUACGAUGAAGGCCUUCACACCGAAGAGUACAACAGAGACCUGGUGGAAGCAUGGAUCCAGAACAUAACUGUCAGCGCGAAGGCAUCUUUUAAAUCCAGGCGCGAUCACUUCAACUGUGACAUCAACCCAGAGACGGGAUACUUUCUCGCACCUCUCAGUCACCCGGAGACUCGAGCUAGUGAGGCUCAGGACCCGGAGCUCAAAUGGCGCCAGAUGAACUGGUCAUCGGAGAUACUGCGCAGACGAAAACUCACGCACCCAAGAGGUGACCGUUUCAAUCGAGGAGAGGUCCCACCAUGGGGCCGCCAGCCACCCAGUGGCCAGCUCAAUGUCAACAUCGCAGACUUGAAUGUGCCCCAAGUACCAUGCCACUUGCGCCCCGCUGAAGCUCCCGAUAUGGAGGCAGUGGCGUCGAUUUACAACAGCGAAGCCAUCCAGAAACUUGAUUCUGCACCUUUGGAAGCAUCGGACUUUGAGAAGAUCCUUACCGAUACCCAUGGGCAUGAAUAUCCCUUCAUCGUUGCCGUUAGCGGCUCGGCUAGAAUGGACGCAUUGAAGGAUGGCAUUAGAUUCGAAUCGAGUCAGUCACAGCAGAACGUCCUCCCUCCCGGCUUCAAAGAAGGCGAGGUUCUUGGAUUCGCAUACCUCUCGGUUUGGAAGCCCGGUUUGGCUGGCAGUUACGCAGGCACUAGCAGGGCCACUGUAGAGGCCCACGUGUAUGUCCAUACCUCUUGGAGACGCAAGAAGAUCGGAUCUGCACUCCUGGACAGGCUUCUCUGGUCAGUUUCGCUCAAUGCGAAGUCAAAGGACAUGUGCGACUUCUGGGACCCUUCUCGGAACCCUGCCUACGCGGCUCCGUGCCAACAUGAGCGCUAUACUCUCAAGAUUUACCUGCAGUAUCUUGUCAGGACCAAAUUUAGCAUCAACGACGGAGUUUGGGAGGCACAGGAGAACCAGUCCGGCGAUAUAGCGUGGGUGAAGAACCUCCUCGAAACCAACUUUGGGUUCAAAGAAAAAGUCCGUUUCGAAGCGGCCUAUCGCUCGCCAAAAGUUGAGGGAGGAGGAGCAAAUCAUUGGCUGGAUGCUGUCGUGUUUGAACACACCUGCUGCAGUCCUUCAUGGAUCGAUCUGCUCUACUGA